AUUGGUAAGUUGCCACGUCAGCAGACCACAUCAGCAGGACACGUCAGCAGGCCCCCGGCCUGGUCUAUGCUCAAGCGCUUGCAAACAGCCGUCAUGGACCAGAAGUCCGAGGAAACGGACGAGGCCUAUCAGGCCCGGAUGCUGCUUCUGAUUACCGAAGCCAAGCAAUGGUCGGAUGCAGUAGCAGCCGCAGCAAAUAAGAAGGCAGAGGACGCCGAGAAGACACGUCUAUUGGCAAUCGAACAGCAGCGCCAGCAAGACGAGGCAGCAGCAAAGACUGCCGAUGAAGGACGAAUUCAACGACGCGAGAAGAUAUUCAGCGGAGAGCGAUCUUUGCUCACAAUGGCAGCGGACUGGUGGGCCGAGGCCGAGAAUGGUAAGAUGGAAGAGAGUGAAAGCAAGAUCGCUCUACUCCUCUCCCAUCUCACGGAUAUCCUGGCAACAUGCAUUACACAGCAGGAGGACAUCCACAGCCUCGACGACGCGUUGGCUCAACUCAACAGUCGCCUCCAACAGCUGGAGCAACGACCCGUCGCCGCCCCCGAUGCCAGCUCCUCCAACACCUCCGAUCGCCUCAAUGCAUUGGAGAUCGACGUCGGCGUCCUCAAGGACGACACACAGCUACAGCAAACCGCCACGCAACAACUGGAGCAGCAGAUCUGUGCUACUGCCGCCAACCCGAGUUUGGCACCGCGCGAGACGACUCCAAGGUUCGACGAUCAGGAGAUCUUCUGCGAUUCGACGAAGACGGACCCGACUCCGUGGUUCCGCAAGUUCGAGCUCAAGUUGCAGCUACACCACGUCAGCGAGGACAAGCAUCAUGCGUACUUAUACUCACGGUCGGGGGGCGCAAGCCAAGCAUGGUUGGACAAUCUCUUGUAUAAGUACGGGGUGGUAGUUGCCGACUUGUACACCAAGAUCAGCUGGGAAAAUCUAAAGGCGGCAUGGCAUAAGCGGUUCCAAGUAGAGCCGUCGGAGAUCAAGGCAAUGGACAAGCAAGGGCAAAUUGGGAAACUGAGCACCGCCGGGAGUGACUUGACGACACUCUCGAUGCCUUGGGAACCGGUCACUUCGCGGGUGACCGCCCUUCGUUCCAAGGCACAUGCAGAAGUUGAUAGUCCUCCUCUUCUAUACUAUUAUGAGGACUAUGCUGCCCGGCUCGUUCCUACGUUGGGUACUGAUGCUCAAGGACAAGACGUGUGUGCGACAUCUUCCCCGCCCGACAGCGACAACUUAUCGUCUUCAAGUGGUUCUUCACGGGAUUCGACGCGCGAGUUCAACAUAGAGGUAUUGGACCCGCUUACGUCUAAGGAUUUCGCAUGGCUUCCUCUCCCGACCACGGGCCGUUUGCCGAGACCACAAUGCGUAUGCGCUCAUCUUCACACGUAUCUAUCCUUCUAUGCACCACCAACUUCGUCGACGGAGGACAAAGCUACGGUGGUGGACAUCCUUGCGUAUGUUACCAAGGUGGCACGCGAGUUUCGCAAGCAGCGGUACGAUGACAACAACUCACCGUUCCUCUAUGUCCGCAUCCAAGUUGGGCAAGCCUCCUGCAGCGCUUUGCUGGAUAGCAGCGCGUCUCGCAAUUUCAUGAGCCAAGCCUUUAUGCAAAGGGAUGGCCUUGGCGCACAAGUUCGAAGGAAGGCAAACCCGACGGCGAUCAAGUUGGCGGACGAAAGGACGCAGCAACUUAUCGACCGCUACAUCGAGGCCGUACCGGUGUAUUUCGCACCUCAUGCAUGUGAACCAGUGACGUUCGACAUUUUGGACACAAACUUCGACAUUAUUUUGGGAAUGCCUUGGCUUGCAAGUGCGGAUCACGCGGUCAGCUUCCACCAGCGGACUCUUACCGUUCGGGACGCCUUCGCCGCCAAAGUGUCGUGUACUAUUCCUCUUCCGCACCCUUCGUUUCGGUGUCAAGUGGUGACAGCCAAGUCAUUCCGGGUUACUUGUGCUUACAAGUUGCCCGACGAAAUCGGCCUAUGUUUCCUACGGACCGUCGUGGUAGCCGACUCUUCACCCACAGACUUGUCUUCGGACCCCCGUGUGGUGCGGUUGUUGGACAAGUUCGCCGAUAUCUUCGAGACACCUACCGGUGUGGUGCCGGAUCGGCCGAUCUCUCGCGAGAUCAUUCUUGAGGCCGGGGUGGUGCCGCCGAAAGGUUGCAUUUAUCGCAUGAGCGAGGAGGAGCUUACGGUCCUCUGCGCGCAACUCGAUGACUUGUUGGACAAGGGCUGGAUUCGCCUUAGUAGCUCCCCAUAUGGAGCGCCAGUCCUCUUCGUACGGAAGAAGAACAAGGAUCUACGAUUGUGCAUCAACUACCGCAAACUCAAAGUGCAAACCGUCAAGAAUGUGGGGCCUCUUCCUCGUACCGACGAUCUUCUUGAGCGAUUGGGUGACGCAAAGUACUUUUCUAAGUUGGAUUUGAUGUCGCGAUAUCACCAGAUUUUGAUUCAGUCGAACGAUCGCUAUAAAUCCGCGUUCAAGACACGAAUGACCCUUCCAUAUUGGCUGGGGUGUUAUAUAUUGGUAGUUGUUGUAUCCCGUCAAGGGCUAAAGCUCUCCACGGGGAAGAUGAAGACGAAGACCGAGGGAGCAAAAGACGAAGACAGAGACGAAGAUGAAAAGAAAGAUGACAUGAAAAAUCGGGAAGAAGAUGAAGAUGGGCAAGAAGAUGGAGAUGAAGACGAAGAUGAAGAUGAAGAUGGAGACGAAGAUGGAGACGAAGAUGAAGAUGAAGAUGGAGAUGGAGACGAAGAUGGAGACGAAGAUGAAGAUGAAGAUGGAGAUGGAGACGAAGAUGGAGAGUGGGAUGAAGAUGGAGAACAAGAUGGAGAUGAAGACGAAGAUGAAGUCGAAGAUGAGAAUAACCAUGAAAUAAAUAUGAAGUCAACAUGACAGGAAUUGACGAUGAAGAUGAAGAAGAUGAAGAUGGAAAUGGAGAUGGUGAUGAAGAUGGAGAUGGAUAUGAAGACGAAGAUGGACACUUCGAAGGAGACGAAAUAGCGAUCACAACAAAAUGUAAGAUGAAUU